AUGCUAAAGUUGAAGAUCAGAGAACGCGAGGAAGUUCAUGCUAAGAAGAAGUGGAAACCCAAUGCUACAUCAAUUGGCUUCAUAGAUCAUGCAGAACACAAAGGUAUCAUUGAGGAGAAUAUUGAUGGUGAGGUUGAAGGUCCUCCGAACUUUGAAAAAACUACCUUGGUUCAGAAGAAAAAGCUGAAGAAGAAUGGUGAAUAUAAGUCUAGAGGUAUGAUUAACCAAACACAUGAUAGGUUGUUUGGUGAAGCUGAAACUAGAGUAUUGAAGUCUAGCUGCAAGAUGUAUAUAUUAGAUGUCUUGUUUCACAACAUUCCUCUUGAUGUUAACUUUGAUCAAGAUACUAAUGGAGACAUAAGAAAUCUUUAUGACACUCUAAUGUCUUCUAGUGAAGAUUCCCAGGACCCAAAUUUGAGAAAUCCUUAUGGUGAAUGUGUGAAUGAAAACUUUUGUACUACUGAUAGAAAGGAGUAUAAAGUGAUUUCAAAGAACACACAAUCUAUAAAUGAGAUUGCUACUCAUAAUGUUGAAAGUGUUGGAUCAAGAAACUUUGUGAUACAUGCGAAUGAAGAUGAAGAUCUUUUCUUUGCCAGCAUAAUUAAAAGAACCAUAGAGAAAUCAACCAGGAGUACUUAUGAGAAGGAUCAUUUGGUGAAGGUGAAUGAAAAUAUUGAUAGUGUUGUCUAUGGCUCUAUCCUUUUAAACAAUGGAGUUCAUGAUGGGUUUGUACAAGUUCUUAAAGACGUUGAUCCCAGUCAAAAUAUGCAGAAGAGAAAAUACAUAAAAUUGAUAACCAUUGAAAGGAAGACUCUAAGAGAAGGAUUGACAAUUGAUAAAAUUGGUCAAGUGCUGGAAAAUAUCAAAGAUGGACGUCAAUAA